AUGUCAACACACGCCACGCUCAUCAAACCUCCCAAAUCCCUGCCCCACCACUCCCCGAUCGAAAACGUCCUCCAACUUCUACCUCUAGUCGACAUCGGCCCGGACAUCUACACCAACGCCCGCCCACUCUGGCACCCACCAGGAGCGCGAGGUAUAUUCGGCGGCGCAGCCAUAGCGCAAUGCCUGUCCGCCGCGCAGGCGACCAUUCCCACAGAUUUCACGGUACACAGCAUGCACUGCUACUUCGUGCUGGCAGGCAAUAGCGAGAUACCGAUAUUAUACCACGUCGAACGGGUGCGAGACGGCAAGAGCUUCAUCACGCGGACGGUGCAAGCUAGACAACGUGGAAAAUGCAUCUUUACCACCACACUGAGUUUCAUGAAGGAAGGUAGCGGCGGAGCCCAAAGUGUCCAACACGCAGUGCGUAUGCCGUCGGACGUCACCCCGCCGCCACCCGUGACCCGGACUCGCGGAUUCGACGACGACAGACCGUUCGAGAGCCUGAGGUGUCCUGUGGCGAAACGCGGGAGCCCAUCGGAACGACAAUUGCGCCAGUGGGUUAGAGCUGUCGGACGGAUCAGCGAGUGUCCCCCGAAUGUGCGCGAGGAGGAACUCGUGAGUGGUCGCCGGGCUAAUAGACCCGGUGAUAAUCACCAGGCUCACUUGUCGGCAUUGGCGUACAUGAGUGAUAGCUAUUUCAUCGGGACGGUCGCUCGCGUGCAUAAUCUGAACAGGUUUGCGAAUCGGCGGAAUAUUGAGAAUACGUUGCGGUCUUUCAAGGGGAGCGAUGCCGAGAGGGAGCAGAUGAGGAAGUACCUUGAGGAGAUUGCGCGGGAGGAAGAUGAGGAGAGGGAAGAGAUGGGUAAGACUGAAGAUGAUGGACGACGGGUGGGGAUGAUGGUCAGCUUGGAUCAUACAAUUUAUUUCCAUAAUCCGAGGGCGUUCCGCGCGGAUGAGUGGAUGUUGACGGAGAUGGAGAGUCCUUGGGCCGGAGAUGGGAGGGGGUUGGUGGUGCAGAGGAUCUGGAGUAAGGAUGGGAUUCUGAUUGCGACGUGUACUCAGGAAGGAGUUGUGAGGUUGAAUCAGCAGCAGAGUAAGUUGUAG